AAUUCAUAUCCACCCCAAGUGGUGUGCCCAGGAGGCCCCAAUCCUGCCUGUCCACCACAUGUCAAUCCUGCCUUUCCUCCUGGCCCCUGUCCUCCUGGAGUUCCCCAGGGAAACCCAGCUUUCCCUCCGUGCCAACCUUCUUGCCCUAUUGUGCCACAACCAGGAUAUCCAGGACACCCACCCCCGGGCCCCUGCCCUCCCUCGUACCCCCCACCUGGUCCUGGCAUGUGUCCUGUGAACCCUCUGGCUCCUGGCAUGGUCGGCCCAGGAACAGUGAUAGAUAAGAAGAUGCGGAAGAAAAUGAAGAAAGCUCAUAAAAAGAUGCAUAAAAAACACAAGCACGGAAAGCACUCCUCCUCUUCCUCCUCCUCCUCUUCCAGCAGUGACUCUGACUGAACGCAGGGCUGGACCCUCCUCCCCUCGAGUCUCAGCAGCUCCAUUCUCCCAUCAAGCUUCAGCUGUCAUCUUGUGCUCCCUGCCCCACGCCUGCCUGUGGCUUCCCCUGCUGUCGGUCCUGGCUGUCUAGGGAGAAGGGGAAGAAGAUGGCUAUGGGCUGGCGAAGCUGCCUUUGCCCUCUUGCCGUCAUUCUACUUGGCGAGGUCAGCAGGGGAACUGUCUUUCCAGGAUGGUGAAGACAGUUUUAAAUCUGCACCACGUGAUCCUUUUUACUUUCUUUUAUGCUUGUGACUGGUGUCUGUGAAAAUUUAUGAUGGGAACCUGUAUUUUUGUGAUGUUGGCACAUGAGGGGAUGGAGCGGCAGGCCUGCUGACUGCAGCGGGUACUGCAGAGCUGCUGGGGACCAGAGUCCCCUUCCCUGAAGAUCUCUUUUAGAACCUAGUCUGUUCCUUAGUUAAAUGUUAUCUCAGAUGGCUCUCAGUCCAAAUAAAAGCUACUCUCCUGG